GGCAUUUCCUUAAUAAGAACACACUAAACCCUUUACCCCGGCGUAUAAAAAUGAAUGUCUUUCUUAUGAAAAUAUUUCUCAGUCUCUCACUGAGUUUAUGGUUCUGUGAUGCUAAAUCAAUGGGAGCUAUGUAUGUAAUACAAGAGGCAGAAGCACCAUGUAUUAACAUCAGUGAUACCAACAGCAACCAUGAGCUUGAAAAACUUCUGGACAGAAUUAAAUAUGUUGCUCGAAGCUGCAAAGAAAUCCGUGACAAGUAUCAUGUUUAUGAUGACGGCCUGUACUAUCUGAUCUCAUCAAGAGGGGUCCUUUACCAGACGUUCUGUGAUAUGACCACUGCUGGCGGCGGCUGGACGCUGGUGGCCAGUGUUCAUGAGAACAACAUGUAUGGAAAGUGCACUGUUGGUGAUCGCUGGUCUAGUCAGCAGGGCAGCAACCCAAACCGGCCUGAUGGUGACGGGACAUGGGCAAACAGAGUCACAUUUGGAGCUGCGGAAGCUGCUACAAGUGAUGAUUAUAAGAAUCCUGGAUACUUUGACAUCGUGGCACAGGAUGUGUCUGUGUGGCAUGUUCCUAAUAAUGUUCAGUUGGAACACUGGACCACUGCCUCCAUCCUGAGAUACCACACUGAAAAUCUAUUCUUAACCCUACAUGGAGGAAACCUUUUCAAUUUAUUCAAGAAAUUCCCUGUGAGGUUUGGAAUCGGGACAUGCAACAUUGAUAAUGGACCUGCUAUUCCAAUAGUGUAUGAUACUGGAAAUACGAUAACAACCGUAAAUCUGUAUGGUCCUAAUCCAAGAGAAAUAUUUCAGCCCGGAUUCAUCACAUUCAGAGUCUUCAAUACUGAAAAGGCAGCUAUGGCUCUUUGUUCAGGCGUUAAACCAACUGGUUGUCACACCGAACAUUUCUGUAUUGGUGGAGGUGGACACUUUCCUGAGGCAGCUCCUAGACAGUGUGGGGACUUUACGAGCUUCGACUGGGAUGGCUAUGGUACUAAUACAGGAUGGAGUGCUUCCAGAGAGAUAACUGAAGCAGCUGUACUUCUCUUUUAUCGCUGACACUCUGAUCAUUCUAAAGAGAUAUAGCAUAUUGAUUAACACCUGAACAUUAUAAACACAAUGAGGAAUUUAUUUACAACAUAAAUUCUUUAUAAUGGUCUAUAAGUGCAGUUUGUUAUGUGGGAAUUUCAGAUACAGUAAGCAUGCUCCGACGCUUUUAACUGCUGAAAAAAUUAUUCACAGGUUAGCCAUUUAUUAAACAGCUUCUGCUAUUUUCUGCUCCAUAUCCAGUACUGUAUACAUUAAAAAUGUAUACAUUCUUUAGACCAUUUUUGGUCUCUCAGUGUGUGUGCUAGUGUAUAGGACACAUGAGGAAGGAGAAGAGCAUCAAACCUACACUCAGAAAAAAAAGUACAAAGCUGUUCAGUGCUCUAAUUGAGGGGAGGCUGGGGGAUCCAGGACCCCCCAUAAGAAGUAAAAGAUAGACUUUGUUAGCUUUAUAAAGCUAGCAUAUGGUAAAUGUUGUUAAUUAAUUAUUACAAUAAUCAUGUGACUAAAGUCUGUUUUUGGUUAGUUGUCAUGUCAAUGUAAAUACCCCUAAAGACCACUAAGCACAUGACAUCAUUUGUUUGGUGCAGCUAACAUUAAAAUGAAAAUAAUAAACCUCUAAUUGGUGUCAGGAAGAGAAAGCUUCUUGGGUUGCUGACUUUGAAGGGUAAUUUUCUUUCUCCCUUUCUUUCUACUAUAUUUAUCCACUCUAUGUAGGGGCUUUUGUGUUCUUUACAUAAAUUGGAAACACUCAUUUUUCAUUGUUACUAUUUUAAACACUUUAUUAAUUAUUGCAAAGUCAUCGAAACUAACUCAUGGCAUGCAAACUAAUUAUUUUGUGAAAUAAAGUCAAAAAUAAGUCAAAACAGUUGUUUAUGUCUCAGAAAUAUAUGUGAAACUUUUUCGCAAAAUCACCACUAGGUGGCGCAAAGGGUUGGUCCUUUGCUCAGAAAGGCUGGAAUUGUGACAUUUUCACUUGUACAGUAAAUAAAGAUAAAAUUAUUAAUUAAAAUAAACAAGUCUUUUAAUCUCAAUUUGAAGUUACUGACUGCUCCUUUAUCACUGCUUUCUGAGACACAAUGAAAUAAUUCUGCUCCUGCUGAUCUGACAGUCACAGCCCUCAGUGAGU